GGCUCUGCUGCUGCUUUCUCUGGCCCUGCUGGCCUCGCUAUGUCUAAAUUUGAUACUGUGUUUGCUCAGAUGCAAACGGUCGGCACAAUGUGAAGAUCAAAAUUCGUCCAGACAUAGUCUGCCAGAGAGCGAUGAGGCCUAUCCAGCAGAUACAAACAAUGAUGCACCAGAAGAAAAUUCUCAUAGUGUUUGUUUGCAACAGGAAAAUCCUAUUUAUGGCAACAUUAUCACCAAAGACACAGGUUCUGUUGUUUAUGAAGAGAUGACAGUGAGAGCAAGAGGUCGUGCUGAGCCUGUAGAGUCUGAUCUGAAUUAUGCAUCACUGGAUCUGAAGUUAGCCAAGAAACGUAAGAAGAGGCAGAGUCAUCAACAAGGCCAGGUCCCAGCACGAAGCUCUCCUCCAGACCAGCUCCAGAAUGACCUCACUCCGCCUCUUCUUCUGGGAGAAGAAGACGUGUGCCUCCCUCUGAGAGACCACAGCCCCAUGGUGUCCCACAACAGCAUCUACCUGAACAGUCAAGAGAUCGACCUGGACAGAGACGACAAUGAGACUGACCAAUGUACCAUGCACUGGCCAAUGCAUGGAGAGAAAAGGGCCAUGGGAUGGAAGAUAGAACAAGAAAGUCAGGAUGAAGUUGGCAAUGAAGAGUCGGGCAAUGAUAGAAGGUCACUGGAUAUACACAAUAUGCAAGAUGACACAGAUCACAUUGUGAGAUCUGAUGAUAUGAACAGAUGA